GUAAAAUUUGGCAUAAUGCGUGUGCCAUCAAUUGGGUGCUGCCCAUACCAACGUUCUUUGAAUGAUACUGGUGGGUGCAUGGAGGGAUUGAAUGCCUGUGCUCAAGUUUUCCUUAAGGAAUUCGAAGGCCUCUUGCAAAAUUUAAGCUCAGAGUACCCAGCAAUGCAGUACUCUCUUGCAAACUCAUAUGAAAUGACACAGACUAUUAUUAACGGCUCUCAGCGAUCUCCUUUUAAGGAGAUCCAACAAGCUUGUUGCGGAAAAGGGAGGUUCAAUGCUACUACACGAUGCGAGCCGGUUGCCAAUUUAUGUCCGAAGCGCGAUGACUACAUGUUCUGGGACCAGUACCAUCCCACAGAAUUCGCUUCUCGGCUCGCAGCUGCUCUUCUAUGUUCAGGUCCACAGCAAAUGGUGGUGCCAAUGAAUUUCUGCCAACUCUAUAUGCUUGAUAACUAAA